AUGUCUAAUAAAACCAAAUCAUUCACGAAUACUGUAGAAUUUUUAAACUCUGAGUUAAAUUUGCAUACUAACCUUCACUUUGAUUUCAAUGAAAUUGUAUUUGAAGAAGAAUAGUUUUCACUUUUCUGUGCUAAUUUAUAGAAAUGUGUAAAUCUAUAAAUAAUCAGUCUUGAAUUAGAGUUCGACAAAAUAAGAGCUUAGCAUGCAAAAUAUUUAGGAGCUGCCUUGAAUAGCUGCACAAAAUUAAAUACUUUGAAAAUCAAUUUACACUAAAAUUAAAUUUAAGAUGAAGGCUUGACAAUUUUGUGUUCUUCUUUGACCACUCUUAAAAGUAUUUCAAAUUUUGAGCUCAUUGUUCAGUUUAAUUUGUUGAACAACUAAUGUGGGGCUGCUUUUUUUACUCUUUUCUCAGAAAUUAGUUAAAGUCUGAAGACAUUGAAUUUAGAUCUAAGCAAUAAUUAAAUUGGAGAUGAAGGAGUCAGUGCUCUAGGAGAAGCAAUAUUAAAUUGUUAACAGUUGAAUAAUUUGUAGUUAAAUUUAAACUCAAAUAAAAUUGGUAAAUAGGGUGUAGUCCAAUUGUACUCAACACUAGCAAAAUGCAUCUGUCUUAACAUUCUAAGCAUUUAAUUGAAGAAAAAUUAAAUUGGCGAUAUAGAUUUUAAAGAUUUUAGUUGUUAGAAAAACAGUUUCAGUAAACUCUCUAAAUUAACUUUAGACGUUAGCGAUACAAAUAUUGGAUCAAAUGGAGUGUCUGAUUUAUGUCAGUCUUUAAUUAGUUAUGCUAAUCUUUAAAAUUUAUCUUUAACUAUUGAUGAGAAUGCCAUAGGUCCUGAUACAUCUUUAAUUAUCGGAUAAAGCUUAGGAAAAUGCUAACAUCUACAGGAAUUAUUUUUAAGUUUACACAAUAACUUUGUUUUACAAGAUUACUCAAAUUUAAUUCAAGGACUGACUUAUUCUUAAAGUCUCUUUAAUCUUCAUAUAUUUCUAGGUUCAAAUAGUAUUGAUGCAAAAGGUGUGCUUAAUAUAGCUAGUGCUUUGAAAGGCUGUUAGAAUUUAUCAUCUUUAUUCAUUGAUUUUUAGUAAAAUAACAUUUAAAACGAGGGGCUCAGUAGUUUAGCUCAUACUUUAGAAGUUUGCUAGAAUCUACAAAAAAUAAACCUUUCCCUUUGUUAGAAUAACAUUGGCGAUAAAGGUGUUUCCAGCUUAGGUUUAUCUCUAUAGAAGUGCCUCAACCUUUCUAUAUUAAAUUUAGACUUUUAUGAGAAUAAUAUCGGCUCAGAGGGUGUUAAGCAACUCGGGCUUUCACUUGCUAGUUGCAAAAACUUGAUCAAAUUAGAGCUUUAUUUAAUAUCAAACGAGAUAAAAAACGAUGGAGCCUGCUUUUUAAUUUCUCAGUUGGGAAAUUGUUCAAAACUUAACAAUUUAUAACUUGAUUUAAUUUACAAUAAAAUAGAUGAUUAGACAAGUAAUAAGUUACAUUAAAAAGUAAGAAAGAUUAAGAAAUUAGUAAUUCUUUUUUACUAAGACAAUUGA